GUGUGUGUGUCUCUCUCUCUCUCUCUCUGAAAGGAUCUGCUGCUGAAGCCUCCAGAGAAGGGAUCGGCUGCUGGAUCUCCUCCCUCUCCCCCUCCUCCUCCCCCCCUUUCCGAUCUCCAUUAGCUGUGACCCCUCCCCAAAAUAAGGAAAUCUCAUCAUGCCGCUUUGGGCGAGGAAGCUCUGAGCCAACCGGCCCCUGCCUCUGCUGAUCCGGCUGCAGGAGGGAGAGCCAGUUCCCAGCGUACGAACUGCCGCUGUCCUCAUGAGUUCCGAUGCAGCCCAUGGUCAUGCAGGGAUGCUCUUUCACCCUCCCCAGAUGUCGUGAGUGGCAGGCCACCGGCCCUCCCCGUCGCAACAGCACCUCCCACGCACAGUCUCAGGUUAAAGCACCCCAAGAUGCCUCUGCUUCAGCCUGCGUGAGACCCCCCAACGGCGCUGCUGGGCCACAGAUGCCUCUGGAGAUGAAUCUAUGCUGGAAUGAGAUUAAAAAGAAGUCGCACAACCUCCGGGCGCGCCUGGAGGCCUUCUCGGACCACAGUGGCAAGCUCCAGAUUCCCCUCCAGGAGAUCAUAGAUUGGCUCAGCCAGAAGGAUGAGGAGCUCUCUGCCCAGCUGCCUCUCCGGGGGGAUGCCCUCCUGGUGCAGCAGGAGAAGGAGAGGCACGCCACAUUCAUGGAAGAAGUGAAGUCCCGAGGCCCAUACAUUUACUCUGUUUUGGAAUCAGCUCAAGCCUUCCUUACUCAACACCCGUUUGAAGAAGUAGAAGACUCAAAUUCAGACAGCAAAGAUGUUUCCCCAAGACACCGGAUCCAGAACAUCAGCCGUUUUGUGUGGAAACAGGCCACUGUGGCCAGUGAGUUGUGGGAAAAGCUCACUGCCCGCUGUGUUGACCAGCAUCGCCACAUUGAGAGGACCCUUGAGCAGUUGCUGGAGAUCAAAGGGACCAUGGAGGAGCUCAGCACCACCCUCAACCAAGCGGAAAGCGUCCGAGAGACAUGGGAACCCAUUGGAGACCUCUUCAUUGAUUCCUUGCCGGACCACAUCCAAGCCACCAAGCUGUUCAAAGAGGAGCUCUCACCUAUGAAAGAUGGUGUGAAGAUGGUGAAUGACCUUGCCCACCAGCUUGCGAUCUCCGAUGUUCACCUGUCCAUGGAGAACUCCCGUGCACUGGAGCAGAUCAACACACGCUGGAAGCAGCUGCAGGUCUCCAUCAAUGACCGGCUGAAGCACCUUCAGGACGCCCAUCGGGACUUUGGUCCAGGAUCACAGCACUUCCUCUCAUCCUCAGUCCAGGUGCCCUGGGAACGAGCAAUUUCUCCCAACAAGGUCCCAUACUACAUCAACCACCAGGCCCAGACAACAUGCUGGGACCACCCCAAGAUGACUGAAUUGUACCAAACGCUGGCCGAGCUGAACAACAUCAAGUUUUCUGCUUACCGUACAGCCAUGAAGUUGCGCCGGGUGCAGAAGGCCUUGCGGUUGGACAUGGUGACGCUGCCAACCGCCUUGGAGGUCUUCAAUGAGCAUGAGCUCCAGCCCAGUGACCACGUGAUGGACGUGGUGGAGGUGAUCCAUUGCCUGACGGCCCUCUAUGAACGGCUCGAGGAGGAAAGGGGCAUCCUAGUGAACGUCCCGCUCUGUGUUGACAUGAGCCUGAAUUGGUUGCUCAAUGUUUUUGACAGCGGACGCAGUGGGAAGAUGCGGGCGCUCUCCUUCAAGACGGGCAUCGCGUGUUUGUGUGGCACCGAAGUGAAGGAAAAGUUCCAGUACCUCUUUGGCCAAGUGGCAAACCCCAGUGGGCUCUGUGACCAGCGGCACCUUGGCAUCCUACUCCACGAGGCCAUCCAAGUCCCGCGGCAGCUGGGGGAAGUGGCGGCCUUUGGCGGGAGCAACGUGGAGCCCAGCGUCCGCAGCUGCUUCCGCUUUGGAAAUGGAAAACCAUCCAUUGAGGCUGCACAGUUUUUGGAAUGGGCUAAUCUAGAGCCACAGUCGAUGGUAUGGCUGGCUGUCCUGCAUCGAGUGACCAUUGCCGAACAAGUCAAACAUCAAACGAAGUGCUCCAUCUGCCGGCAAUGCCCCAUCAAAGGUUUCAGGUACCGAAGCUUGAAGCAAUUCAAUGUGGACAUCUGCCAGACUUGUUUCCUGACAGGGCGAGCCAGCAAAGGCAACAAGCUGCAUUAUCCCAUUAUGGAGUAUUACACCCCAACCACCUCUAGUGAAAACAUGAGGGACUUUGCCACCACCUUGAAAAACAAGUUUCGGUCAAAGCAGUACUUCAGCAAGCAUCCCCAGAGAGGCUACCUGCCAGUCCAGUCUGUGCUGGAGGCAGACUUCAUCGAAACGCCGGCUUCCUCCCCGAUGUUGCCUCACGCUGACACCCACUCUCGGAUUGAGCACUUUGCCAGCAGGCUUGCAGAGAUGGAAAGCCAAAAUUCCUCCUUCUAUAAUGACAGCCUUUCUCCGGACGACAGCCUGGAUGAAGACCAGUAUCUUUUACGCCAUUCCAGCCCCAUCACGGACAGAGAACCUGUCUGCAGCCAGGAGGCCCAGGACGGCACCAACGCAGAUGACAAAGGGGAACUGGAGAAGAUCUUGGCCCACUUAGAGGACGAAAACAGGGUUCUUCAAGGGGAGCUGAAGCGCCUGAAGUGGCAGCACGAGGAGGCGGCAGCGUCCGCAGAAGGGACUCCCGAAACAGCACAGGAUCCACACAGCGAAGAGCUGUUGGCGGAAGCGCGUAUCCUUCGGCAACACAAGAGCCGCCUGGAAACCCGGAUGCAGAUCUUGGAGGAUCACAACAAGCAGUUAGAAUCGCAAUUGCAGCGCUUGAGAGAGCUGCUCUUGCAGCCGCCUGCAGAUGCCAAAGGCGAUGGCUCUACAGCGUCAUCCUUGGCGCCUUCUCCCCAUCCGUCAGAGGAGAGCCAGCUCAAGGAAAAAGACUCCAACACCCCCAACACAGAAACAGCAGACGAGGUGGGGGUGAGCACGCAGGACGUCAGUCUGUGUCUGGAGGACAUCAUGGAGAAGCUGAGGAAUGCUUUCCCCAACACUGAAGGCAAAAGACCCCAUCCUUUGGCCUUUCUGAAGAAGUCCCUCACCCUCUCCUAGAUGAUUUUCAAAUCUAAGAAAGGGCAGCAUCUGGUCCAACCUCCCACAUCUAACCCCUCCUGCAAGCGAGAGGCUUUGUCUAACCAGUGAUUUGGCGGCUGCUUCUCCCACCUCUGCCCUUCCUCAUGAGGUGGGCUUCACUUCGCUCCAGAGGAGGCUCCGCAAAUGCGGCCGGCCUCCUUGCAAGGCACCCAGCAGAGCACACAGCAACUCCAAGGCGCUGCUCUUUCGAAGGGCAGCCAGGGCCAGUCCAAUGAACGAAGUCAAGACCUGGUGCUGCCGUGGGCCCAGGUUCAAGAAACGUCAACAAGGACGAGAAAAAGGGGGCACAUGGAGAUGUUCUGCGCAAACUACAGGCUGUCUCUACUUUUCGUGAACCUUUCCUGGGUCUAGUUUUAGGUCGAGUCAGGAAGUGGCCGAUAGCGGAUUUAUCCCAAACAGUGGCAUCCAGUGGCCGUGGCAAGAGUGGCCCCACCAGAACUACCUUUAAGGACAAGGAAUGGAAUAUUUUGUAUUGGGUUGGACACAGUGCCAACAUCCAGGUGCCUCCAUCUCUACCAAGACCAAUGAGGAAAAGCGACAGGAAUUAAAAAGAAGGGAGGGAGCAGGUUUGGAGACCAACCAUUCCAACGGGAAAGAAAGCAGCCUUAAAGGAGAGAAGCUUUAUAACAGAGAGCCUUACUGUUUUAAUCCGCGCAUAUUUAAGUGCUGUUACGGACUCCCUCAUGCAUUAAAUUCUAAUUCCUUGUUAUAUGUUUA